GACCCACCCCACCACCAACAACAUCCCUUCUUCUUCUUCUUCUUCAACCUUUAAUCUUCUUCUUCUUCAUGCACUGAUCAAACAUCUCUCUCUCUCUCUCUCUCUUUGCCGCAACCAACAAGCUAGCUAUGGCACCCGUUUUGAAUUCCAUGGCGGCAGCGAAACAUCAAUCAUCAGCGAACAAAGAUGAACAAAACCACCACCACCACAACUCAGGCGGCAGUAAAAGUAAAGCAGGAUCAUCAGCAGCAGCCGCAGCAAGGCCAACCCCACAAGAACAAGCAGCAGCAGCAGCACUCAAGUGCCCAAGAUGUGAUUCUCAGAACACCAAAUUCUGUUACUACAACAACUACAGCCUCACCCAACCCAGGCACUUCUGCAAGACUUGCCGGCGGUACUGGACUAAAGGCGGCGCCCUCCGCAACGUCCCCAUCGGCGGCGGUUGCCGCAAGAACAAGAAGACCUCCACCAAGUCUGCUGCUGCUUCAAGGCUUAUUAGCAAUCUUGAAUCCAACAACAAAGACAACCAUCAUCAUAUUCUGUCAUCUGCAACAACAGAUAUGGGUGGUGGGCUCAAGUUCUUUCAUGGGCUUACACCAGCCAUGGAUUUUCAGCUUGGUGGGCUGAGAGGAGGAGGAGGAGGACUUCACUCUUCUUCUUCUCCAACCACCACCACAACUAUGUAUUCUCAUCAAUUCACUCCUUUUGGGGACAUGGCGGCUUUAACAACUCCAACUACUUCUUCUCCUUCUGGUGGUGUCUCCAGUUUGAUGGGCUUCAAUAAUAUUUUCCCUUUCUCAAAUUCCGUGCUUCCCAAACUACAACAACAAGGUGAUCAUCAUCAUCAAAACACUAGUAGUAUUCCACCACCCGGAGGAGGAGGAGUUGCAGAAGUUCAUCAAGAGAUGGGUUCUCAUCAUACUUCUCUGGCUUCAUCCAUUGAAUCUUUGAGUUCCAUAAACCAAGACCUUCACUGGAAACUCCAACAGCAAAGGUUGGCCAUGUUGUUUGGUUCUGAAAACAAUCAUCCUCACAAAGAAGCCAAUAUCCCUCUUGUCGGAAAUGAAGUUCAACCUCAACCUCAGCAUCAACAACAAAAACCUCAGCCCAUUUUAUUUCACAACUUGGAACUCAUGACUGCUACUCCAAAAAUUGCACUUGGUCAGGAGGAUAACAGUUCAAGAAGGGAAGGGAGUACAAGUACUGCAAGCGCAGGAGCAGGGAAUUUAAAUCUGUCAACUGAGUGGUUCUUUGAUAAUUCAUAUGCACCAGUUACUCCAACUCCAACCAACAGCAGCAGCAAUGGCAAUGGGAAUGGGAAUGGGAAUCAUGAUAAUCAUCACACCAGCAUCAACAACUGGAAUGGGAUUCAAGCUUGGAGCAACAUGAGUCAUUUCAAUGAACUGUAGGUGUGCUUGCCGGAAGACCAAGAAUUUCAAAGAUUAUAAUAUAUGUUAUUUACUGGUACCCUUAAUUACCCUAGGUUGAUCAUCAUCGUCAUUAUAUAAAACAACAGAAGAAAGGACAUUAGUAUUCCAACAGUACUAAUACUAUAGGAUGUUGUUGUCUGUCUCUUUUUUGGCUUUCAGAAAUUGUCUAGCUCCUCUAUCUAUAUUGUUAGAUGCUUCCCCGUUCUCCCCCACCCCACCCCCCCUCCCCCCCCGAUUUCAGUUUGUCCCUUACAUAUAUGAGGAUGGAAAAAAGGUAAAAUAGUUUAAUUUGUA